AUGGUUCCAAUUCGAGCCAGAGCGCACAAUGCUCAAGGGAGCUCUGGCCAGCUCUCCAUACUCCGGGAAAUGGUUCAAACCGUUUCCCGGGAGUGCGAACCACGUCUGGGCAUGCCUGCCAGUGCUAUCCAGGCCAAAGCCCCGACUGUCGAUGCUUUCUUUGACGCGAUCGCUGCGGAACGUUUGAGGCGCAUGCCGGCAGACGGAAGCCGGCUCGACGGUGCUCUUCGACGCGCAUCCAGCCUCGCCUUUGCCGUGGCCUCGUUACGCGAUGCUGUUGUUUCUUUUAUGGACGGGGCGGACGAAGCCACUAAAUUGGUCUGGGGUGGGCUUUUGCUGUUCCUAGAGAUGGGUAUCGAGCAUGUGGAUAUCCUGGACACCAUCUUUAGUCGCUAUGGGCGAGUCACGCUUCAGAUUUCUCUCUUGCUACAGCAGGAGAGCUUCUUUAGAGAGUCGACUUCGUUGCAGAACGAGGUGGCCAAGACCUACGCCGGUUUGCUGCAGCUGGUGCUACACGUUACCAUGGAGUACUAUGACGCCUCGCGCUCUUUGGACUGGCUGAUCAUGGGCGAACACGUCGAUGCAGCUUUUUUCCAGUUCCACAACAGUUUCAACACCAAUUGGCGGAAACUAUCAGAGCUGGCCUUAUCCAAGAGGACGACUACGGAUGUUGCCUCCAUCUAUCAGUUCCUUGAUCUGCAGGAUCGUCCACUCCAGAUGAUUCUCGAAGGACACAACCACUCCCUGGCGGAUGGUUCUUUUGCGUGGUUUGACCCACAUCUCACGACAUUCACUCUCAGCAACCGUGAGAUGAUGGCAAUAACGGGCAGUCCCGGAGCAGGAAAAAGUGCGCUGGCGCAAUGGACGGUGGAGCGGCUCCAGGUCUCAUCCGAGUAUGACAUCUGGAAUGUCAUUCCCUGCUGGGUACGGGAGGAUGUGCCCAUCACAACGUUGACCCUUACCAUCCUCAAAGGCAUUCUCCUGCAGAUGCUGGACCGAUGUGUCAGCUCAUGGAAGACCCAAGAGGGUAUCCUAUCAUCGGUUCGACAGGCUGCGGACAUGGCCUCAACUGGUGCUACAGACACCCAGGUGGAGGACGUGCUCUGGUCCGCCGUGAGAACGGCAAUGCAGUCACACAUGCACUUCAUCGUCGUCCUGGACGGCCUUGAUCAGAUCAAGAAUGCCAAAGCCACCAUGGCUGGGUUCCUUGCGCGCCUACAAGGUUCUAUCUCCGGCACGUCAUCGAAGCUUAUCAUCUUUUCCAGAGAACUUCCAGCGCAGCAGCAGCUCGGGGAAAGCACUCAGCAACUCUCGCUGAACCCCGCAUUGACUCAUUCCGACCUGCUUGCGGCUGUUACCGACGCCAUCAAGUCGGACGCUCAAUUUUACGGGCUGGCGGACGAUCAGAUUGACACGAUGGCCCAACGCAUCGUGGCCCGUGCUCAAGGAUGCUUCGUUUGGGCGCAGCUCACUCUCGAAUCUAUGAAACAUGAGUCGACCUUCAAGGGCAUGAUGACUGCAAUCCAACAAGCACCAGGCGAUGUUAGCGAGCAGAUUGGCAACCAUAUGAGCACCACUGACAUCGCCCGGCCUGACAUCCGCUGUCUCCUUGCCUGGCUGGUGGUGUCUGAGCGUCCUCUGCGCAUCAAGGAGGUUGAAGAGCUGCUUUCAGUGGACGCGGAGAGUCUCAAGAUAACGCCGCGUCCUGCCGGGGCCGAACGAAACAUAUUCAAACCCCUGGGCCGUCUGGUCAUGGUCCGGGAUGGAUUCGUGGCAUUCCGCCAUUCCAUGAUCCGUGAGAACCUCCGGCAACGAGCCAUGUCGGCAGACAGCAACUACUCGGACAAUCAGGGGUUCCCAUUCAACCUCGAGGAAGCGCACUAUGAUCUCCUUACCCGAUCCCUGGCCUGGACCCGUAUCUGUGUCAAGGAAGAUGUGGCGAUCUCUAUGGACAAAAUGCCAGGGCAGCAGCGCGACGUUCUCUUCGACUCGUAUAUCCUCCUGGAAUAUACUUCGCGCUACUGGUUCGCGCAUCUGCUUUCGUCCCCGAUGACCACCCCCGACCGUGAAUUUGCCUUCACGCCGGUCUUCAAGAGCGCCUUGCCCAGUUCAGUUCUCUUCGCGCAGCUAGAGCUGACCGGCCGAGAGUCCCAGUUCACUCGAUCCAGCAUCCUAGAGCUUUACCGGCUAUCGGUCGCGGUGCGCCGUGUAGCUCUGGGUGAGAAAUCUCCGGCAUUCUUGCAGAGUCUUAUCCUCAGCGCUCGUGCGGCCGACCUGGCCAAGGCUAGCUGGGCUAACGAUCAUAUGUACGAAGCAUGGAUGCUCAGUCGGUCGCAGCUUGGGACGUCCUCUCCGGUCUCCAUGGAGUUGGAACAGCUGAUGCUGACCUCUCCUCAGCAAGCAGGCCGUAGCGACAAGGUCACGCGCCUGCGCACCGAGGCCCUUCGCGAGAUGACCUUAUCCCACUGGGAGUCGACGGAGGUCACUUUCACCCGCCGCUUGGAAUGUCUCACCACCUUGGUCACAACCUACCAAAGCAGUAAUCAACAUGAAGAGGCCUACAGCGUUUCUAGACAGUUCUACCGGCAGACACUUGACAAGUAUGGUAGUCACUCGCCAGAGAGCAUGCAGGCGGCGGAUUUCAUCACCCAGCACUUCCAGAUCGCUUCCUCCGACGAACUCGCGCUGGAAAUUGCGCGUCUCAAGUACGAGAAUAUGGUCCGUUCGAUGGACGUCACCGACCAGCGCCGCAUCUCCUACUCCUUGUACCUCGCUCAGCUAUAUGAGAAAAAGCACAAGGUCAAGGAGGCAGACGCGAUCUUGACCAGGCUCUGGGCCGGGAUCUGCUCGCACGAUAUUGACUCGGAAUGGACAUGGGAGAAAAAGACAAGAGUCGCCUUUGUGUACUACCAAUUCCUGCGUCAUCACGGCCGCCAUGAAGAGGCCAAGAUGGUCCUCGGCGAGUUAUCCUCGGAUCUGGAAUCGGGCGGCAUCCACUCGCAGGCGAUGGCAGACCGCGCCACAAGCCUUCGAGCAGAGGCACGAGCGCAAGGACUCAUCGGCAUGGAGCGGACCCUGUCCAUGCUCAUUUGGAACUACUACCUUGCAAGCGGGGAUCAGUACUCGCCCGAGGCCGUCACUCUGGCCGAAGACCUCGCCGACGAACUAAUGUCCACCCAUACGACGGUUGAUAGUCUCGCGGGGCUGUCUCAAGAGGAGCGCAUCUACAUCCACAGCCUUAUGGACAGCAUCGCGUCGUCGGGCAGCGGUCGCCAUUCCACGUCUGUUCUGAGAUUGUGUCACGACCUCUGCACCCUGCAUGUCCGCGAGGGACAGUGGAAACAGGGCAGUGACUGCGUCUGGUCGGUCCUGAAGCAUGCCUGGCCGGAUGUCCACAAUCCUACCUCCGAGGCCAAGUUCCGAUCUGACCGCGCCCCGUUGAUUGCGAAUAUCGUUCUUGACUACGCGUACUGUCUUUUCCGUCGUCUCGACGUUGCUAAUGCGACGUCGGUCUACGGAAACGCGUUCAAGGCGUCCAUUACCGCGGAGAAAGUGGCCGUGCCUCACCUCACUGCUGUUGUCAAGACCGUGGUUGAGUUUUAUGAAACCACAUUCCAGUUUUCAAAGGCGCUGGUCCUCCUGCACCAGGUCAGCCAGUUCUUCAUUUCUCGUCUGGGCGAUUCCGACAAGCAUACGAUCGAUAGCCUGUACUGUGAGGGUGACUUGGCCGCUCGUCUGGACCGGAAGAACGAGGCUGAGGCUGCGUAUCGCCAUAUCUACCAGGUCAGUAUCCAGGGGGGCAAGAUCAGCUCGACCGGCGUUCGUGCAGCCAUUGCCCUCCUCGGUAUCUAUGAACAAAAUCAGGACCGCGAGUCUGCUCUUCAGGUUUACCGUCAUCUGUGGCCGACUCUGAUACGCUUUGACGAAAAGGAUGGCUACGACCGUGCAUUGCUGGAAGGUCUGCUAGACAAGACCUACAUAGGAUACAUGGGAAUCUUGACCUCCAGUACUGCGGAGGAAGGCCACGCGGAACGCUACACCGUAGCAUCUCAGUACCUCACUCUGUGCAAGAAAAUCCAUGGGCAGUCGAGCCCAGCUACUCGGGAUGCUACUCUCCGGCUUGCGGAGAUCUGCGAGAAGAGCGAUAGCCAUCUCGAAGAGGCACUUGCCCUUUACCGACAUAUCCUAAAGACGAAGGAGUGGGUGCCUCAAACGCAGGCCUCCCGGGCCUUGCCUGAUAUGACGGAUCCGACGGCGAAGAUCGUCAAGCAUAAACUCGCGCAGAUCUAUCUCCGCAAGAAGAGCACCUCCGACGAGGCUCGUGGCUUGUACAUGGAGGAGCUUACCCUGUCCAAGCAGCAGCGAGGUCUGUCAUCUUCCCCGACAAUGUUGUGGCUGCGUGAGGUGGCUCUGGUCUAUGCUUUGAAGGAUACGAUCGAGUCGCGCAACCAGGGUGCAAAUCUCCUACGGGACCAUGUCAACGAGGUCAUCCGCGUCACUGCCAGCCGCGAAGCGGUGAUUGAGCGCGCUCACCGUCUUGCCGAGAUCUAUCUCGAAUGUGGGUACAAAGAUGCAGGCUACGACUUGAUCGACGAGCUUCAUAAGCAGGUCAUUCAUGAAACACCCGCCGCACAACGAUUGGCUCUGAACGAGUACCGACCUGCGGUCUUUGUUGCCGCGUUCGAGGAGGAGUUCGGCAAGAAGAUGACAUAUAACCAGAUCCUUGACGCGCUGUCUCAAGAAAGCGGCGUGUACAAUGAGUACCAGACGAGUCUUUCCAGGCACGACCUCGUCACCACUCUGGUUGCCGGCCAGAAGCUUCAUGUCCUGCAGACCGAGCAGCGACGCACGACGGCAGCCACCAAGACACAGGGCAGCUUGUACGAGUACUUCUGCAACUCGCUGUCUGUUUCGCCCAGUUUGCGCUCCAGGGACGUGGUGCAUCAGUUCUACAACCUCUGUCGUCGAGAGGUACUCAAUGCUGACUACAAUAUCAACAUUAUCAACGAGACUACCCACAUGGUCCGCGACUUGUGCAACAGCUCCCGUUUCCAGGAUGCCGCUGAUUUGACCGGCGUGUUCCAUUCGUUUGUGCACCUGACCGACGGUCUGAACAGCCACGAGGCCAUCUUUACAGCCAUCAAGCUCUGCCUGUAUCUCAACGGUUACCAGACGAGCAAGUGCUCAGACAGCGGCACCGCCAAGCACAUGGCAUUCGAGUCCCAGAUGCUCCUUCAGGAGAUCAUGGCCAGAGCUCGCCAUCUAAAGAUUGAAUUCUCCGAACUUCCAUUCCCCGAACUGAACGAUCUGGCCACAGUCUUGGGUGAACAUGAGAUGUUUGACGAUCUAGAGGCCAUCCUCACCGAUCUCUGGACCUCGCGUCUCGUCCAAAAAACCUGGUCUUCCAACAUGAUCGUCUGGAUCGGUCGUCGCCUGGUAGAAACCCGUUUCUGCCGCGGGCACACCAAUGCCGCAACCCAGCUAGGCAAGGAUAUUUGCUACAACCUACGGCAGGUCUGGGGCAACUGCGACCCCGUCACGCUGGAGAUGACCAAGCUGCUGUCAGGCCUGUACACGGCGUCGGGGAACCACCUGGCGGCCGUGGCGCUGCACGAGACGGCGCUGCACGAGCUCCUCAACGACACCGACAUCGACCAGGCGCAUGCGGCCGACGCCGUCAGCCAGCAUCUGCAGCUGCUCAAGCAUGCUCAGACGCGGUUGAGCAAGGAGAGCAGUCAGGCUGUGGACACCAGCGCGUACGAAGAGCUGGUGCAGCAGGUUGGCACCAAGUUUGGGGUGAGGCCGGAGAGUCUGCAAGGAGCAGGCGAAGACGUGGGAAUGUGGCACCGACCGAGAAGGUUCAGUCUGGAUAUGGGGGAGGAGCAGAUGCAUUCGAACCAUCUGCGCAGCAGCAGUGGCUCGGCGUUGCUGAAUGGGAAUGCGGGGGCUAAGCGGAUUUCGAUUACUGCCUUGUAG